GUGGUCUGCUCUGUUCAGACAUCAACGCUCAUCUGACCUCCUCUUCUGUCAUGAUCCAGUGAAAACAGGCAUCUGGUUCUGACUACACUACAUGGAAAGGGACAGGGAUUCAGAGUUUCAUUACACCUACUUGUGAGUCAUCAUGAGUGGUCUUGAUAAGCCCCAUUCUCCCACAACACCCAGCACAUCCAGUAAUAAGAGCAGCAAGACCUCCAUUGUGAUCCAAAGAAUCUGUCUUCUGCCCUGCUCAGCCUAAAGAUUGAAAGGCCAUCUAGCCCCUCCACAGAAAAUCAAAACUGUAAUGGUAUAAGAACCCCUAAAUUGCAUACCCAGGGUUUGGUACGCUUCACAAUUGAUGCAAAAGGUGUGAAGCAUGUAAUAGAAGGUGAAGCAGAUGAAAGUAUAUCCCGUGCCAUGAGGAAAUGGGAAGAUAAUUCAGGUCUGAUGCUGACAAAGAAAAACAAGGAUAUAUGGCUGCUGGGGCAAGAUAUGAUUGAAGGGUUUGUGAAUUUGGGAAUGCCCCUCAAGUGCCUCCCUCAAGAGUCCGAGCCUCCCUUUACAGUGAACUAUUAUAAAGUGACGGGAAAUCAACAAGAUGGACAGCAGGGAUACCGUCAGUAUGACAGCACAGGGACUGAAUGUGUCAUAUUUUAUAUCAAGUCUUGUGGAAGGCAAGGAGGGAACGCUGGUACUCAACCUAGGAAGAUACUUUUAUGCCAUGUGCCAAUGUCUGUAUCUUUGCCCCAAAAGGGGAGACCAUUAAGAAAGCUCUAUGUGAGGAUGGACGAUUUCUCCCCAUCCUGAAGGAAGGACAAUGGAAACUGGUGGAUGACAAUAACGUGGUUUCACUUAAUAACUAUUCUGUUGAUGGAAUUGCCAAUAAGAUUUAUACAGUGGAGUUUUGUAACAAGGUACGUAACAUCACCGCUGGCCCAUCAAGGAGUGAGGAGCUUGCCACAGCCUCUCCUGGACAGCACGACCAAGCCAGUCAUUCUGUUAAACAGUCUAAGUUGGAUCCUAAGUUAAAGGAGCAAAAGGAAUGGAUCAAACUCUUCUUUGAGGAGGAAGUGGAAGAGUGCACAACGAAACGAAAGGAAAAAGUGACCCUUAAAACUGUGUUAGAACUACAUAGAAAGCAGUUUGGUAAAACAACAAAGAACUCUACUCCAGUCCGUGUGCAUAAACUUUUGGCUGAGCACAGUGCAUCAGUGGGGUAUAUAAAGUGGAACUACUAUGGAAAGGGGAGUUGUGGUACUUGUUUUGCUUUACCUGAGGGGUACAUCCUCACAUGCUAUCAUAUAUUCAGUGAGCAGCUAGGACAAGGAUUUGAGCAGUACUGGGCAGAAUUUAGUCAAUAUGUCAGGAUUACGUUUUCUUAUGAAGAUCAGCAAAUAAAAGAUGACUGGUUUUUUGUUGAGCCAUGCUUGGAAAUGGUAGAGAAUACUCUGGAUUAUGUUGUUCUGAAACUGCAAAAAGGAAAUGCUAAAUUACCAGAUGGAUUGUCAAAACAUUAUUCUCCCCCACCCCCUUUUGGCCUGAUCUAUAUUAUUGGCCAUCCAGAUGGAAACGAGAAGUCCACAGAUGGCUGCUCUAUAAUAACUCCACUAGAGCGGGGCUGGAGGUGCACUGAACGCUUGCAGGAAAAGCUCAAAGAGGACUGCAGUCCCACCACUUGUGGUCCAUACCAUGCCAGUUGCAUCCAUAUAUUCACCCCAAGGAGUUUCCAGGAAGUGGUUUCCAAUAAGGAUAAAGUCACGUAUGACACUACCUUCUUCUUCGGCUCUUCUGGUUCACCUGUGUUCAGCGCAUCCGGGCAACUGAUUGCCAUGCAUGCUGGUGGCUACGUGUACAAUUACCAUGAACAAGAGCACAGCAUUAUUGAGUGGGGCUAUUCCAUGGAAGCCAUUUUUAAAGACUUAGAAAAUAAGGUUCCAGGGUGGUUUGAGUCUAGAGGGUUUAUGAGAGGUUCAGAAGGUCCUACUGGUGGCAAUGAGGCAGAUGUGAGGAAGUUGCCAGCUGAUGUGAUAAUGGAAAGUGACAGUGGCUCAGAAUAAAACUCAUCAGGCUCUCUAAUAGUUGGUCACUGAAUCCCUGUGAUGCUUUUUCUACUGCCAGUUCCCACUAAUGUCACCACUGGGCUAUUUGCCAGAAUUCUUUUAUCUCUGCUUCUUUCAGCCUUCAUUAUCCAGCAGAAUUGAAUUCUGUUAUUGUCCACUACUCAAAACCUGUUCAGCUUCUUUGGGUUCAUUGGAUCCAUGCAAGUGAUCGCUGCAUUCAUACCCCCUGGGAGGUGGUGCUGGGAGGAGAAGAGCAAUGUCAUCCUGGAGCACCUUAGUUGUUUGGCUGUCUAGCAAGCAUCUGCACUGUCCUUACUUCAAAAUAAUUGUAACUGAGUUUCAGAAUAAUUGUAAUUGAGCAAUCCCAGGCAAUAAAAUGCCAUGUUUUAUCUUGGACA